AUGCCGCCUUCAACGUCGUCGACCUCAACGCCCCUGCGGCCACGAGCCGACAGGAUCAAGGACAACAUCCUCAAGGAGUCCUCUACUGGCUGGUCCAAUGCGGGCACCACACCUCUGCGAAUUGCGAAGCGCGAUCACCUAUCUCCUUCCUCAUCAUUAAGUCCUAAUCCGGCUGCCGCUGGUCCUGCGCAUGUCGUCGUCGCCCGCCGCUCAAGCAACAGCUAUAAACAUAUGUUCAAUAAUAAUCUCGUCUCUCGCUCGCCGUUCAAGUCGCAGCUCGCUCCACGUCAACCAACUGCAGCCGAAGCUCUGCCAAACAGUCCGCGUCCGCGUCCAGUAUUGCCUACUGCGCGCAAGGUCAGCGGCGAGAAGCGGCCACGGCCCGAGUCUCUCAUCCAACAACAGGAACAAGAGGAUGAGCGGAGAGUUAGCGAGCUUGGUUAUAAGCGUCGUCAAUCGAGGGGUUUCCAAGGACUAAUGGACAAGGGUCCUGUUUCGAAGAGCCCCUUUCGUCAGCUUAUGGGUCCAAGUAGGGCCAAGAAAGAUGGAGAUAGCAAGGACAUCGAGAAUCAAUAUGACAGGGACGUUGACAUGGACAUAGACAUGAACAUGCCAAUUGCUAUAGAAUUUCCUGCGAAAGGCGACGACACGACGAGUCCUGAGACGACGGAGACAGACUCCUCAGUAAAUAGCAGAGAGAGCGAGACACGCCCGCGGACACCCCCAAAACGCGCUACCCCUCCACCCUUUACACCAUCUCCAGGCUUUGAACGGCGCUCACCUGGACCUUCCGCUCUGCAGGGUUCUCCAGCACGUUCGGCGCUUGUAACGAAAUCCCGAUUGCUAGGUCCACGCUCCCGCUCUUUGUCCGCCGGAGCCAGCGGGUCGCCGACAAAGGAAGUACCUCCACGCCGCGAACGGCGGAAGACUGUUACUUUCGACGAGCGUUGUGAUGUUGUUGAGUUUGACCGUGAAAGCUGUGAGGAUGCUGUAUUCGACACUGACGAUGAGCACGUGUAUGGUGCUCCGGAACCCCAGAGGAACCAUGACGAGGACACGUCACCUGAAGGGUCUGAAUAUUUUGAUGCAGCUGCGCUCGAUGAUAGCAUCAAUGGGCUCGUGGAUUCAAUGCUACAGGAGCAGGAAGCCACCUCGCUUAGUGAACCAUCUACACCAGAGACCAACACGGCAUCGUUGUCAUCAAUUGCGACGGAUAUCGACUUAAUGCCUGGAGGAGCCGAGGGUGGUGUUCCACUUGGGCGGUCUCAUCAUGUAGACCGAGUCCGUGCUCACCAGCAUGAACUUAAUGAUACGCAGCCUCCACUACCCGCCGUGUUCCCUAAUGAUGACACUACAUUCUUUACACCUCCGCGUCAAGAACAGGGAGACCCACAAACACCACGAGGGCACAGUACACCAACGUUCAGCUCAUAUGGAAAGGCGCCACUGCCUUCCCUUCCUCCGGAUACGGAACGCGCCGAGGACGGAAUGCCACUUGGUCGGACACAUCAUGCAGAUCGCGUCCGGGCUGCGCAUGAGUCAAGUAUAGAAUUGGACGCGAAAGCGCUGCAGCCAAGUCCUAGCCCGGCCAAGAAAGCUGCACCGAUGCAUAGUCAGCCUCCACCGGAAGGGCUUCUUCCAAAAUUCGACUUGGGUCUCGACAACGUUCGGACAAGCUCUCCGCUCGGAUCUACCAAGGAGCGUAGAACUUCAGGUGAAGAUGUGUUCGGUUCACCAGGUGCCGCUAAUGAUGUGCUUGCAGAGUUUGAGUUUGACCAUCCUGAUGUUGAUGAAGAAGUGCUCUCUAGUACGUCAAUUGCGAGUUUCCAUGAGUAUCCUCCGCAGCCCGACUACGAGGAUGAUGAACAUCGGCGUUCGAUGGAUGUUUCGUUUGGCGUACGGUCGGACAGGUCGCUCGAUGCCAUCGUCUCUGAGUUGCGAUUAAAAGAUGACUCAUUCGAAGGCGGUGCUGUGAAGCAAGAUCUGGAUGAAUUACAAAAAGACAUCCAGAAGGAUUUGGAAGAUGAUACGGAGCGCGAGUACCAGGAGUUGAACAAAGAACCUGAACCCCAUGCAUCCCCGCUACUUGAUCGAGAUCGCAACACAGACUUUGGGCCUCAUUCGCCAAGGAAUCAUGGACUAUAUGCGCAGCCUAACAUCGGGAGUUCUGGCAGUCUAACAGACGCUGACGGCAGGCGAAGCAGGAGUCCGCGUAUUAACCGGGAAGAUGUUUUGCGCAAGCUCUCUAGGCAGCGCUCGAACGAGAGCUACACUCCGUUGGAAUUACCUGCACUUGGUUCCUCUAUGUCGGCCUUGCCUAGACUUGAGGAGAAGGCAGGAGAGGAUGCAAAUAUGGACUCGGAUGAGUAUGUCAGUCUUCCUCCUACUCCUUCUCAGAUAGAGAUGGAGAAACCGCAAUCGAGACCUCCGCUUGAGGAACGACUAAAGAGAGCACUUUCUCCAAAUCUUCCUGCGCCUGUGCUUGUGAGACCUGCUGUUGGACCGUCAACUUCAUCCGCGCCACCCUCCCCAGCAGCACCUUCGUAUGACCCUAUGUCGCCCCCACCGCCGAUUCGAGAUGGUCCAUCCCAUUCUCCUCGUGGAACUCCUAUCGUAUCACCUCCGAUGGUAUCGCCUCCUCGAGUUGGACAACAUGGUCGUGCACAAACAUAUGACUUCGAUGAGCGUCCGCCUUCGACGCCUGCUAAGAUUAUCGAACCUCGUUCUCCAAUGUCCUCAUCGUUUGAUUUCAACCGGCCAGGCGUUGAUAUCGCGGAGAUGGACAUGCGUAGUGCACUUGAACGUCUUGUUGACGACGUGAGCAUCGCCGGAGGUGUAGAGCCCACAUCAGCUAAUACCACAGGGCGAGGCAACGUAGAAAUUGAUCGGUCCGGCGCGACAACGUCUGACGGAGAUGUUAGCAUGGCCGAGACAGAGCUCAUUACAGAGGAAAGCACGGAUCUGCUUGCCAAUCUGCGUGAGCCGACUCACGAGAGGCCACAAGUGCAGCGAGCAGGAACGGCGCCGUUUCCUAGUUUGCCUUCUACUUCCACUCCUGAGAGGCCACCUAUAUCUCGAAGUGCUUCUGAAGUAACGAUGCCUGGUGGGUCUUCCGCUGCUGCCUUUCACAGUGCUGCACAACCGUUUCCGCGAACUGGUCAGGGUUCUGCUGGUCAAGACACUGGUGCUCCGCCGCCUGUACCGCCGAAGACGCCUGAGAAGAGUGCCCGUCAGGCUCGCGAGGAGAUGAUUAGGGAGAAACGUCGAGAGGCUAGGGCGCGAGAGUCGGGUGAAUACUUUGUGCCACCUCGGCGAGAUGCCUCUGGGAAUCUACUUGACGAGAGCCCGGCGAGCAGAAGAAGAACGACUUCCCGGCCGAGUGCGGGACGUAGUAUGAGCGCUGGGGACGCAGAAGAUAUUAUGAGCGAGGAUGCGCCUGGCCCUUCCAACCAACGACGGGUAUCUGCACUCCGUAAGAGACGGGGUGGAGUUCUCGGCGUUGCUCUGGAUGACGGGGAAGACAUGUUAUCUAAUAGCAUUGAACGCGAGCUGAAAAAGCGAGACGAUCCAAAGAAGACUUACGAGCUUCGCGAGCAUGAUGUGGUUUAUGCUUCGUCGUCACAAGAGGAAGCUAUGGCACGGGUAAGCCAAAGCCUUGAUGUUGAGGAUAAGGCGUGGAGAACGGUUCGCCGUCCUAGUGAUAUGGACGAGUACGCUCGGCAGAUCAAAGAAUUCCGCGCGCAAGAGAAGCCUGGUAAAUCGCAUGGCAGGCUCUUCGUAAAAGUCAUAAAAUUACGAGCGCUAUCCGUACCACUGCCACCUCAACAUACUAUGUUUAGUUGUACUCUCAACAACGGUAUCCACUAUGUGACCACGCCCGAAUGCCGGCUCACGCGUGAAGCCAAGAUUGAGCAGGAGUUCGAGUUAAUUGAACAUACGAAGCUGGAGUUCUCAUUAACACUCAAAGUACGCCGCGAUCCUCACAUUCUACAACAAUUCAAGGCGAUUACUGCGCCGGCUGUUCCUCCUGUACAAGCGAUACCAUCGCCUACAUCUCGAGGCGUGCGCGGUUUCUUUGGCGGUACGCCUAAAAAACCCAAGGUGUCCAAGCACAGCCGUGCACAGACAGAGCCACUCGUGCGUUUUGUGUUAGAAGAGAACCUGGCGCGAUACAUGAAACAGGAUGGAACACUAGCUCGUGCCUUUGUUGCGUUCAAGGAUAUCGCGAGACAUUGUGAUACGCGGCUAUUCGAGACUGCGUUCCCGCUUAUCGGUCAGCGUCUUGAAGCUCCUGGUGAAGGUGGUGGUGCGGGUGGGACGAUGGUACCGAAGCAAGUUGGGGAGAUUAUACUUCAGAUCUUUAGGCUUCCUCCGUUGCCUGGAGUUCCGCCGAACCAACUUCCUCAGAGCUUGGACGAGUGUCAUCGUGGGCUUAGGAAUAUUAAUUGGCAUAAGGUGACGUACCAUGAGGGCGUUUUGACUCAGUUGGGUGGAGACUGUUCUACGUGGCGAAGGAGGCAACUUCGUGUCAUCGGUGGUAACUUGGUCGCGUUCAAUGAUGUCACCAAGCGUGCGACUGCUACGAUUGACUUGAAGAAAGCCAUUGCUAUUGAGGAUGACCAGGACCCGAAGAAUGUCACGAAACGUCGAGACGUUGAUGACUUCGACGCGAUGUAUGGUGUUGAACGUUCAUUCCGCUUGGUGUUCCCGCAUAACCAGGGGAUUACUUUCUUUGCGGAUACCGAUGAAGAGAAGGCGAAAUGGCUCGAAAUCUUCCGUGCUCUUGUCGGUCACAUCCCGCCUCAUCCUCUAUGGGCCGAGCUGCUUUGGCAGAAACUCCAGGAAGACGCGAAGAAGUCGGCUCAGCAACAAUAG